CUCGGCCUUCAACUUUCCCAUCCUUCACUGUCCUUUUCACCAUGCAGGAUUCCUUUUUUGCCAGCACACGUAAACGCAAGCGUUCCAAUCAACCCAGUGAUAGAACCAAAAAUACAGUGGCUGGUAAUGCCACUACUGCAAAGCCCCGUCGAGCACCGAAAAAGAAAGAUGAAAGCGACGACGAGGCCGACGGUCCAAGCACACUUGCCGACAUGAAUCUCGAAGCCAGUGAAGCUGAAUCUUCGGAAGAAGAAAUUGAAGAGACAGCUGCCGAAAAGCGAGUCCGUCUUGCCAAAGCCUAUUUGGAUAAGAUUCAGCAUGAUAUGGACGAGGAUCUCGGUGGAUUCGACGCGGCCGAUCUCGAUAGAGACUUGAUUGCCGAGCGAUUGAAAAAAGAUGACGAUGAAGCCGCUGGAAAGAUUCAUCGACGUAUUGCCGACAAGUUUGAUUUCACAUCAAUUGAUGAUACAAAGAUUCGUUCAUGUCGCCUCGGACGCGGCAAUAACCAGACAGUAACGGCCGUUGUAUUGGCUGAUAAUGGUCAAUUUUUCUAUACGGCAUCCAAAGAUGGCUCCAUUAUCAAAUACGACACAACGACCCUGAAGAAAUUGCACACUUUUCCCGGUGGACGAAAAGGAGCCAAAGAUUAUAUUGGUCACACUCAGGAUAUUCUUGCGCUGGCGCUAAGCAGCGAUCAUCAAUAUCUGGCAAGUGGUGGUCGUGAUAAACUUAUCAAUAUAUGGUCGGUCAAGGAUAAUACACAUAUUGCUACGUUUAGUCUGCAUAAAGAUGCUGUAUCUGGCUUGGCGUUCCGCAAAGGCUCCAAUCAAUUAUAUUCUGCAUCGCACGAUCGUACUAUCAAAUUAUGGAACGUGGACGAACGUGCUUAUAUUGAAACGUUGUUUGGCCAUCAAGACCAAAUCACUGCUAUCGAUACCCUUAGCCGAGAACGCUGUAUGACGACCGGAGGACGUGAUAAAACCGCGCGAUUAUGGAAAAUUGUGGAGGAAUCACAGUUGGUUUACAGAGGAGGAGUUACCACCAAAGAUGCCGAUGGCAGUGAGCGCAUUUUGUACGCGGAAGGAUCGCUUGAUUGUGUUGCACAGAUUGAUGAAGAUAUAUUCGUCACAGGUGGCGACAGUGGUGCUAUAUCAUUGUGGGAUAUCAAUCGCAAGAAACCUCUGUUUUCGUUAUCAGCGGCUCACGGUCUUAACACCACCCACAGUGAGUCGGAGGGAGAUAUCGAUACACCUUACUGGAUUACCGCCUUGGCAUGCAUAAGAUACUCUGACGUUUUUGUAUCUGGAUCAUGGGAUGGCUUUGUACGCGUGUGGAAACUGGCUGCAGACAAUAAAUCAUUUCAACAGAUUGCCCAAAUCCCCGUUCAAGGCGUCGUCAACAGCUUACAAAUCAAAACCACGUUUCCUUCCAAACGAACGAUCCUCGUUAUUGGCGUUGGCCAAGAAUUACGGUUAGGACGGUGGUUGAGGGUGAAAGGAAGCAAGAACUGCGCAAAGGUCGUAGAACUCCCCAUCAAAAAAUCAUCCCAUCCAAUCGAGAAUGUGCCUGUAUAAUACUAGUUUUAUCCAUCAUUAAUCGGUUCAUAGACUGAUCUACAUCAUUCCAUACAUCUUGACAAAACAAUAAAUUGAUCUCACUCUCCAAAAGAAAGCGGUCGAUGGAUUUUUAAUCAUCAUUGAAAUUAU